AUCUUUCCUUGUCGUUUCUCCGUCUGAGCCCGAUGAUUGUCUAGCUUUAUCGCGCAUAUCAGUGUCAAUCAAACGUCGUCAAGAUAUACACAAGUCUAUCCUUACCGUAUUACCAAAGCUGUGGUCCAACAGUCAACCACCCUCUUCACCAGUCUUCACCCUGCCUCUUCGUCUCCCACUCAUCCGCAGUAUGUCACACGAGCCCAUUCACACCCUGCUCAACGCCAAUCAGGAGUGGGCACAGAGCGUAAUCAAAGACGCGCCCGAUUUUUUCACUCAGUCGGCCACCGGCCAAAGCCCCAAGGUCCUUUGGAUUGGCUGCUCUGACUCGCGAGUACCGGAAUCAGUCAUCACGGCCUCUAAGCCUGGCGAUAUCUUUGUGCACAGAAACAUCGCCAAUCAAUUCCACCUUCACGAUGACAGCGCGCUCUCUGUCCUCACUUAUGCUGUUAAAGUAGUCGGCGUCGAACACGUCGUCCUCGUUGGUCACACCCACUGCGGAGGUGCUGCUGCUUGCCUGACAGCAGCCAAGGAGGCAGCUACUAACCCUGGCGCAUCCAAAUCCGACACCCCACUCACGCGCUGGCUAGGCCCCCUCAUCGCACGCGUUCAAUCCCUCGACCUCUCCGCAUGCUCUGCGAGUGAGGCGUUGAACAAGGUCGUCGAUGCCAACGUCAUCAUGCAGGUUGACAAUAUCUGCAAGUCGGAGCCGAUCACCACCGCGUGGGCAGACCCGAAUGCGAAGAAAGUCGUUGUGUACGGAUGGGUGUACGACCUCGCCGAGGGACGCAUCAAUCAGCUCGUCCGCCGGGGAGCUCAAGCGUGACGAGAACAGUUUAUGACCUAUCCGUUUAUCUAUACCUGCACCGGCAGCACCAAUUCCAAGCUUUUGCGACAAAUUCCCAUUUUUCGAUGCAUUCUUUGCUAGGUUCCUUCUAAAAUGGCUGUACACUCAAGGGUGUUGUAUACCUUAUUUUUAGAUUAUGCAUGCAGCUUCAACUCCAAGCUAUAGAAUAUGCAAUGUCAAAUUUUCAAGUUACACCCCCUCU